AUGGCGCCUCAAAACACCCCCAAAGCUAAAAAGGCUCCCAAAGUGAAACAGUUGGAACUGCCAAAUGCCGCCAACGGCGUGGUCACACGCUUCCCACCCGAGCCCUCGGGAUAUCUUCACAUUGGCCACUCCAAAGCCGCUCUCCUCAACGACUACUUCGCUCACAUCCAAUAUCCUGGUGGCAAGAUGAUUCUCCGUUUUGACGACACAAACACGGAGAAAGAGAAUGAAGAAUUCCAAGACGCCAUUCGAGAGGAUGUCGCUCUGCUGGGCAUUAGGCCAGACGCUAUCUCCUACACAAGCGACUAUUUCGAUCAAAUAGAGGAGUACUGUGUCAAAAUCAUAAAAGCAGGCAAAGCAUUCGCAGAUGACACCCCCGGUGAUGUUAUGAGUGCGCAGAGAUUGGCGCGUGAGCCUAGUGUUCACCGCGACGACAGCGUCGAGGACAAUCUGGCCCGAUUCGAGGAAAUGAGAAAAGGAACUGAGGAAGGACGAAAAUGGUGCAUCAGAGCAAAGAUUUCCUAUGCCAAUGACAAUGCGUCUCUCAGAGAUCCUGUCAUAUUCCGAUGUCCGAAGAAUCAAGCCUCUCAUCAUCGCACCAAUGACAAAUACAAAGCUUACCCUACAUACCAAUUCGCGUGCCCCAUUGUCGACUCAAUUGAAGGCGUGACUCAUGCUUUGAGAACGACGGAAUACAAUGAUCAGGAUGCUCAAUACAAAUGGAUUCUGAAAGCGUUGGAGUUGAGGGCGCCGUAUAUCUGGACCUUCUCGAAAAUUCAAUUUGUGCGGACUUUGAUGUCCAAGCGCAAGCUGACCAAGCUUGUGAAUGCUGGCAUUGUGUGCGGCUGGGACGAUCCACGGUUCCCCACCGUGAGAGGAAUCAGACGGCGAGGGAUGACUAUAGAGGGACUGAGGGAUUUCAUGGUUAGUCAGGGGCCGAGCAAAAACAUUGUCAACAUGGACUGGCACACAAUAUGGACCAUGAACAAAAAAGUCAUCGAUUUACAAGGCGCUCGAUAUACCGCGAUUGAUGACAACCACGUUGUUUGCAAGGUCAAAGGCGUCCAGGAUGAACCCUAUUCCGAGUCAAAACCCAAACAUGCCAAAUACAAUCUGGGAGAGAAAACGGUCUGGUACAGCUCGAACAUCAUUAUUGAGCAGGAGGACGCUCGAACUUUUGCCCAGGAUGAGGAAAUAACGUUGAUGAACUGGGGCAACGCCUACGUUCGAAACAUACAAUACGAGAAAACAAGCGACAAGGCUGACAUUGCGGAUGGUGUCAAUUCCUUGGGAAAUGUUACGUCGAUGGAACUUGAGCUGCACCUUGAGGGCGAUUUCAAAUCAACCAAGAAGAAGAUUACCUGGUUAUCCAAGGAUCAAGACCUUGUUCCAGUUCAACUGGUGGACUUCGACCAUUUGUUGGCCAAGGACAAAUUGACAGAGGAAGAGGAAAGUCAUUGGGAGGAUUUCUUGACACCAAAAUCCGAGUUCAAAUCCUCUGCCGUGGCUGACUGUAAUGUAUGGGAUGUGAGAGCGGACGAUGUCUUACAAUUCGAUCGAAAAGGAUAUUUCAGAUGUGACAAGGCUGCCACCAGAGAUUCACCGGGCGUUUUCUUCAAGAUCCCAACUGGAAAAGAUUAA